AUGGGCACUGGACCUUUACAGCACCUGCAAGAUGCCGGCACAGUUCUGAUUGCUGAUACAGCCGACUUUGACAAAAUAUCUCAUUUCAACGCCUCUGAAGGAACAACAAACCCAAGUCUCCUUUACUCAGCAGCACAGAAUCCGUCGUACGCUACACUUAUAUCGAACACCAUCGCGUACGCGAACGCGCUGCCGUCGGUCAUCUCGUCCUCUGAGCGUUUGACCGCGGCAGUGGACCAUCUUGCCGUUCAGUUUGGCACGCAAAUCUUCAAGUUGACUGGCAAAGUCAGCACCGAAGUGGACGUCACUCUCUCUUUCAAUACUGCGGCCACUAUCGCCGCAGCUUUGCGCAUCAUCGACCUCUACCGUGAACAGGGUGUGCCAAAGAGUCAAGUCCGCAUCAAGAUCAGUGCUACCUGGGAAGGUAUUCAGGCUGCACGUGUUUUACAGAGAGACCAUGGUGUGAGCUGCUUGAUUACCGUGGUCUUUGGACUGGUCCAGGCUAUCACCGCAGCCGAAGCCGGGGUUGAUGCCGUUGCGCCUUACGUCGGGCGAAUAGCAGACUGGGGAAAGGUGCACGGUAUUACGAAUGAUUUGGGUGUUGAGACUGUCUCAAAGAUACAGAACUAUCUGAGGAAGUACGAGUUCAAGACCCAGGUAAUGGCUGCCAGUUUCCGCAGCACCAAGCAGAUUCGAGAUUUAGCGGGUAUCGAUCUGCUGACAGCUUCGCCGGCAAUUCUUGAGGCUUUGGAACAAGAGUCUGAGCCUGUCGAUCGUAGAUUGACGCUAGAAUCUGCACGGAAUACGAACCUGCAGAAAUCUUCCUACAUCAAUGAUGAAUCAGCAUUCAGAUGGGCUUUCAAUAGUGACGAGUGCGCUGUUGAAAAGUCAGCCGAGGCUAUGAGAAAAUUUGGCGAAGACACAGAAAAGCUCAAGCUUUUGCUAUCAAAGAUGCUUCAUGUGGGACAGUUUUGCUAG